AUGGGGGACUGGAAUUUCCUUGGAGGCAUUCUGGAGGAAGUUCACAUCCACUCCACCAUGAUUGGAAAGAUGUGGCUCACCGUCCUGUUCAUAUUUCGAAUGCUUGUUUUGGGUGUAGCUGCUGAAGAUGUCUGGAAUGAUGAGCAGUCUGGCUUCAUCUGUAAUACAGAACAACCCGGCUGCAGAAAUGUAUGCUAUGAUCAGGCCUUUCCUAUCUCCCUCAUUAGAUACUGGGUUUUGCAGGUGAUAUUUGUGUCUUCACCAUCCCUGGUCUACAUGGGCCAUGCUUUGUACCAACUGAGAGUUCUGGAGAAGGAGAGGCAGAUGAAGAAAGCUCAACUGAGGGGUGAACUGGAGGAGGUAGAGCUUGAAAUGCCUGGGGAUCGGAAGAGACUGGAGCAAGAACUGCAUCAGCUUGAGCAAAGGAAACUAAAUAAAGCUCCACUCAGAGGAACCUUGCUCUGCACUUAUGUGAUACACAUUCUCACUCGCUCUGUGGUUGAAAUUGGGUUCAUGAUUGGACAGUAUCUUUUAUAUGGAUUUCACUUAGAGCCUCUAUUUAAAUGCCACGGCCACCCGUGUCCAAAUAUAAUUGAUUGUUUUGUCUCAAGACCCACAGAAAAGACGAUAUUCCUAUUAUUUAUGCAAUCCAUAGCUACUGUUUCACUUUUCUUAAAUGUUCUAGAAAUAUUCCAUCUAGGUUUUAAAAAGAUUAAAAGAGGGCUUUGGGGACAAUAUAAAUUGAAGGAUGAACAUAAUGAACUUUGUACUAACAAGUCAAAACAAAACCUUGCCAAAUAUCAAAACACAUCUGCAAAUUCACUGAAACGAUUCUCUUCUGCACCUGAUUACAAUCUGUUAGUGGAAAAGCAAACACACACAGCAGCGUACCCUGGUUUAAACCCACCUGCAUUUCAGACAGAUCCAGAUAAUCACAGUGGAAAUGAUGACAAAGGCAUUUUGGAUGAACAGGAAACGCUACUUUCUGAGAUGUGUAUGCUUAGUACUACCUGUGGUCAUCUUCAAAACAUCAACUCAAGUAAUAAAGGAGACACCCAUAAAAUAUCUGGAAAAGAAGUUAAUGGUAACCAGUUGAGGAGAAAAAGAGAAAUUGAUGGCAAAGACAGCAAAAGGAACCACUACUCUAAAGGUCACUGUUCUCUUCCAGGUGAUCCUAUAGAUCUGAACAACCACACGGGGCAGUCACCCCAAACAGCUUUCUCUCUGCCAGCUAACUACACCUGGAAACCGAAAUGGCUUCGUGCUACUUGGGGUCCCUCUGCAGAAAAUGAAAAGCAGGCAUCACCUCCUAAAGGUAACGUCAAGGGCCAGCUCAGGGAGAGCACAAUCAGAACGCUCCCUCCUUCACAGGGAGACUUCCAUCCACUUGACAUUCCAGACACUCCUGAUUCUUUGGGAGGGUUGUCCUUUGAAUCCGAGUUGGUCAAAACCUGCAGUAACCCUACUGCUUGUCCUCCAAAUCAUUUAGUGUCGCUGACAAACAACCUCAUUGGUAGGCGGGCUCCCACAGACCUUCAGAUCUGAACAGCUGUUGGCUUUCAGACAUUCUGUGUAUUACGUUAUCAAAG